AUGACGGAACAAAAUACUAAUUCGCCGUAUCGGAUGCGGCUUCCCCGGCCCAACUAUCUGCCUCAUAACAUUGAGGCGGACAUAGACGACGAAUCCAUCGUCCAGCAGUACAAGCCGCUGGGGCGACCUAGUCGUCGUGAGGAGGAGGCUUACAUCAAGAAAGUCAGACGUUUCGCAGAGGAGUAUCGAAUUACCAAACCUCAAGGCUACAAUGUCUCGUUUCACUACAAUCCCGCCAUGGAGAAGCACCAUUUCGGCCAGACACAUCCCAUGAAGCCCUGGCGUCUCACUCUCACCAAGAGCUUGGUCAAUGCGUAUGGCAUGAACUAUGCCAUGGACAACUACCAUCCACGCGCUGCCACCUUUGACGAGCUCACCACAUUUCAUACCAAGGAUUACAUCGACUUCCUGGCCACUGUCGCCCCUCAGCCGACACCCUUGGACGUGGAUAACCCCAACCCAGACCUCAAGUUCAAUCUUGGCGGCAGUGACUGUCCUCUAUUUGAAGGGUUAUACAAUUACUGCUCCAUGUCUGGCGGUGCUUCUCUUGAUGCGGCCAGGAAGAUUUGUAACAAACAGUCCGACAUCGCCAUCGCUUGGGGCGGCGGACUGCAUCAUGCCAAGAAAACCGAGGCGUCGGGAUUUUGCUAUGUCAAUGAUAUUGUUAUUGCCAUACUGCAGCUCCUGAGAGUGCAUGCUCGAGUUUUAUACAUCGAUAUAGACGUCCAUCAUGGUGACGGCGUCGAAGAGGCCUUUCUUUCUACCGACAGGGUCAUGACGGUAUCGUUCCACAAAUACGAUCCCCAAGUUUUUUUCCCGGGUACGGGCGCCCUGGAAGAUAAUGGCCCGAAGAACGAACUAAAUCCAGGCGCCCACCAUGCCAUCAACGUGCCGUUGAACGACGGCAUCACCGAUGAGCAGUACGAGUGGCUGUUCCAGACCAUCAUCUCACAAGUGGUGGCAAAAUUCAGACCCGAGGCCAUAGCCCUCCAGUGCGGCGCCGACUCUCUGGCGGGCGACAGAUUGGGCAAGUUCAACUUGCUUGUCGAAGGGCACGGCGCCUGUGUCGAAUACUGCAAGAAACUGGGCAUCCCCAUGAUCAUGUUCGGCGGCGGAGGUUACACUCCGAGAAACGUGGCUCGCGCCUGGGCAUACGAAACCGCCAUCGCCAUCGGCCAGCACAAGAACAUACCCUCCGAGAUACCAGAACACACGUCUUGGCGCGAUCGGUUCCGUCAGACAACCCUUCUCCCAUCUAUAGAGGAAAUCCUAGGAGAGCCCCGCACGAACAAGAACACGCCAAAGAAACUUCAGGACAUCGUACAGCAUGUCAGCGAACAACUGCGCUUCGUCGAGCAGGCGCCUAGUGUUCAGUACAGCAUCAUUCCGCCCGACUUGGGCCCAAUUCGAGAAGAGGUGGAGCACAGGCUUAGAGAGGAAGCCGAGGAGCGGGAGGAAAACAGAAGGGAUCGAGAAGAAGGCGUUGGCGUGCGCGGCGAGCUGUAG